AAAAAAACAAAACAAAAAAAAAAAAACGCUCUGCCUGUGUGUGUGUGUGUAGGUAAAAGGGGUGCUAUACAUACACCGAUGAUGUUCUCUAUGAAAUGCUUCUUUCGACCAUUUAAUGAGCACGUGGUCCACGAAGAGAGGAGAAAUGGAAGUACAUAUGCAAAAAACAGCGACGCAGCUUUUUUUUUUUCUCUCUCUCUCUCUCUGUCUGUAUGGCUAUCUCUGUCAUGCUGUCACUACGCUCUCCCACUCUCUGUCUGAUGAAAACACACACACAGACACAGAUAGAAAAUAUAUGACAAAGUGUUACCGUGCAUAAAAAAGAGACAACUGUCGUCUCCAACUAGGAGUAAAAGUGUUGAUAUUAAAAAUAUGAAAAAAAUAAUGCUGAAAGCCUGUAGCUGAGCAAAAAAAAAGUUUGGCAAAUUAAAUCGCGGGGCGUGUGGUCCACCCACACUAGUACACUUUCCCGUUACCAGUUACCAUAUGUACAUGUAUAUGUAUGUAUUCGGAUAUUUAGAUUAUACUUUUUCACGAGAAGAAAGAGGUCCGCUACUAAUGCUUAUACAUCCCUGUAAAUACAAAGAUAAUUAGUUCUGGCUUACUCAGCCGACGUUCCCGUUAGUGUCAAAAGAGAGAUACUAUUUUGCUUCAAAGGAUAUUUUAAUAUCUGAUGCAUUUCGCGAUGCAUUAACAAUAUCAGUAGCCCAAUGCUUGAAAGAUAUAUCCUAUACCGAUCUAUUCGAUAGGAUCGAAUUCUUCUUGGUUUAAAAUACCGAGACAAAGUUUAUAAUUUCAGAAGUCAAGUUUGUAAGGAAUUGAAAUAUUACUCGUCUCCAGAAACUAUACUAUGUAUUUAGAAAAGUUUGUGUAAUUAUUUUAUAUGCCAAAAUGGCUUAGAACCGAUUAAAUCAUGGUCGGAACAAGUGAAAAGUAUUAAUUUAUAAGCUCUGUUAACUAUAAUCUGUGAACUUAGUUAUAUUCCUAAUCUAAAAUAUUAAUUCAAUAUAAUACUCCCUUAGGUGUCGCAAUCCAUUAAAUAAACACGCGCUCGAUUUAAAAGUUCCUAAUAAUAUUUAAGUGUAAACAUAAAAUAUAAAAAAAGUACAAAACUAGAGCCCCAUAAAAAAUAAGUUCUCAACUAAACAACCGAACAAACAAUAACAGGAAAAAAUACUCAAAAGAUUGAAUAAAAUAAAAUAAAAUAAAAAAUGCACAUAAAUACAAAAAAAAAAUAUACAGAAGGCUGAAAACAACAACAAUAAAAACCAUCUUCAAAUGCUUUCGUUCAAAGGACUAAUGUUCCAGACAACUGAAAACGAAGGUUUUGACGGUUCCUAAAGGCCCCUUAAAAUAUUCACAAUUUUCCAAAAGGGGUGACCAUGCUUUAAGUCAAUAAGUUGCUUCUAUAAUAAUGGUAAUGACGAAGACGGCUCUCCAAUGUCCAGUACUGACGUGGAAACUUUUAAUGGCAAAAUAGUAUACAAUCUUGAUGGCAGUAGCGCCUAUAUUAUCGAUGCAGAUAGUGCCAAUGAUAAUGGAAAUGGUGAAACAUCGAAGUUUAGGCAAGCAACAGCAUCGAUUUCUGUAAAAAAGAACUUUUCGAAUGCCAACGAUAUCGGUUUUGUGGAAGCAAAAGAAAAAAAAGAACAACAGGAGCAGGAGCAGCAUCAGAAACAGGAGCAAGAGCAGGAGACUCUGUACAAAACCAGUCCCAGGAUCCAUUCAUUUCGUGUGGUAACGGCGCAGGAUGCUAAUUCAAAUCCAACCAGAGAUAUAAUAUUCAAGAUUCAAAAACCCAUAUUAAUGUGCUUCAUAUGCAAAUUAUCAUUUGGCAACGUCAAGUCCUUUAGCUUGCAUGCUAACACCGAACACAAGCUCAAUUUAAUCGAGUUGGAACAGCAACUACUUAAACGGGAGUAUUCUAGCGCCAUAAUACAGCGAAAUAUGGAUGAAAAGCCAUCGAUAUCAUUUCUGCAGCCAUUGGAUAUUAAUACCGCCGGUGAUGUCGCCGAUGAAAAGAAUCUACAACAGAUAUCUACCGAUGCGGUUGGUCCUAUUCCUCCUAAAACUGAUAAACAAGAGAAAGAGAAUGAGAAUGAUAAUCAUGAUCAAUGUCGAGAGCGGGAGCCACAGAAUGAUUCUGAAAACGAUCACGAAUCUGAUCAUGUUAGUAAUAAUCAAAUGGCAGCACCUAGUGCAUAUUAUCAUCAUCAAGUGAAGUCAUCUAUGAAAUUUGGUUCCUUAAACUCAGUAACAGAAACAACAAAGACUAAUAAACUAUCGAAAGUAUCUGUACCCUCAUCAUCGUCCUCAACCAGUUCCGGCGAGGUCUCAUCAUUAUCCCGUACUGAUAAUCUAAGUAAUAAUAUUAAUAAUAAGUCAGAAGAGUCAUCAUUGGAAGUAGAAAUGAAUCCAGGCUCAUCAUUGUCACCUCAAAGAAAUGAAUUAUCAGAGGUUCCCAGCUCUGAUUUCUUGGCAGCCACUGCUCCUGGCGUAUUCCCUCCUCAAGUCAGUUCUUUCCAUGCUUCGCUAGCAGCUCUGGCCGCCAACAAUACUGAAUCAAAUGGCAAUCGUGUUAAGCUUAUAACCGAGUUCCUUCAACAGCAACUGCAGCAACAUCAGCAAUCGCAGCAGCAACAUCAAAGUUCCUUAUUUCCCAGCCAAUGUCUCGAACAUCCUGAUUUUAAUGGUGUCGAUUGUAAAACUUGUGAAUUCCUUGAAAUCCAAGGAAGGACCAAGUCACCAUCUUUGCCACAGCUUCAGGUUCCGCCACUUCGCUCGCCAUGCAACAACCUGGCCAUGUCUCCUAGUUCAUCAUCAGUAACCAGCGUGGGAAAUGCAGCGGCAACAAGCACAAGCGCAGCAACAGGCGCCACGUCCAGCUUCACUAUUGGUGCCUGUUCGGAUCACAUCAACGGACGUCCCCAGGGUGUGGACUGUGCGCGCUGCGAAAUGUUGCUUAGCUCAGCGCGAUUAAACAGCGGCGUGCAAAUGUCCACACGAAACUCCUGCAAGACCCUAAAAUGUCCACAAUGUAAUUGGCAUUACAAAUAUCAGGAAACGCUGGAGAUUCACAUGCGGGAGAAGCAUCCAGAUGGAGAAAGUGCGUGCGGUUAUUGUUUGGCAGGACAGCAACACCCUCGCUUGGCACGCGGAGAAUCCUAUUCCUGCGGUUAUAAGCCGUAUCGCUGUGAGAUAUGUAACUAUUCUACGACCACCAAGGGGAAUCUCUCGAUUCACAUGCAAUCUGAUAAGCAUUUGAAUAAUAUGCAAGAGUUGAAUAGCUCACAGAAUAUGGUUGCUGCGGCCGUGGCGACAGGAAAGUUGCUUCUCUCCAGCAGUUCCUCAUCACCCCAAGGAGCUGGUACUUCCAAUAGUGCUCCUCCUCCAGUUGGUUCCUCGUCCUGCUUAACAACGAAUAAUGUUGUGGGAAAUCCUUCAACUUCCAACAACUCGAAUGCUAGCUCCGGCACGGUCGCUAGCUCUAGCUCCAGCGUUAACCUAAAGCCAAAGCCUUCAUUUCGUUGCGACAUCUGUAGCUAUGAAACAUCUGUUGCUCGAAACUUAAGGAUUCAUAUGACCAGCGAGAAGCAUACCCAUAAUAUGGCGGUGCUGCAGAAUAAUAUAAAGCAUAUACAGACAUUUAACUUUUUACAACAGCAGCAACAAUCUAGUGCUUCGGGAGGAGUGAGUUCCAGCGGAGUAGCAGGAUCCUUUCUACCCGAAGUUGCUUUGGCAGAUUUGGCUUAUAAUCAAGCCUUGAUGAUUCAGUUACUUCACCAUCAACAGCAACAGCAACAGUCUUCAGCUAAUACCAAAUUAUCACCAACAUCCUCGUCGCCAGAUCCCUUUAACUUCUCCAUUUCACCGAAGCCCGUUGUGAAAAUGGCUCACAAUCAAGUACUAAGCUUAGGUCUAGGCAUGCCAAUAGGUGGAGGCAUGAUGGAAACCGGGGGAGAUACAACGGGAGAUUUACCUCAGCCCAUCUCAAAGCCCAACGAAUGGCCCUCGGCCCUCUAUAGUUGCCUAAUUUGUGAUUCGUUCAACACCAACAAUUUGGAUGAUCUCAAUCAACAUUUGCUAGUAGAUCGAUCGCGAUCACAAUCCACCGCCACUUCGUGCUCUACAGAAAUAAUGCUAAUUCACAACAACAACUAUAUAUGUAGACUUUGUAAUUAUAAAACUAAUCUCAAAGCAAACUUUCAACUUCAUAGCAAGACGGAUAAGCAUUUGCAGAAACUCAGCUACAUCAAUCACAUUAAGGAGGGCGGCAUACGCAAUGAGUACAAGUUUCAACAACACUUUCAACAACAACACAUCAAUGUUGUGCAAUUGAAAUGCAAUUGUUGUGAUUUUAUCACAAAUUCGAUACAAAAACUAUCGCUGCACACACAACAAAUGCGACACGAUACCAUGCGAAUGAUAUUUCAACAUUUACUGUAUAUUUUACAGCAAAGUAACUUGAAAAAGAACGAUGACGAUUCCUUUCUCGAUGAUGAUCAAAUUAAUAAGAAACAUCUAGUACUGCUUUGUCAGCUGUGCAAUUUCAGCGCCAAGAAUCUCCAUGAAAUGGUUCAGCAUGUGAAGAGCAUGAGACACAUGCAGGUGGAGCAAUUCGUAUGCUUACAGCGUCGCAGUGAAAAUCAAGAAGUUCCAGCUUUAAAUGAUGUAUUUAAAAUAACAGAAUGGAUUUAUGAUAAUGAUGAAAUAUCUUACGAAUCCGGCGUGACUUUAGCAAGGAGCACCACAGCUUCUGCCAAUGAACGCUCAUCCUUAGAAGCCAACAGCUGUGCUGUUGGUGCUCCAACAUCAGCAUCAUUACCUUCUGCGGCUGUUGAAGCAUCAUCAUCACCAUCUUCGGCGCCCGUCGUUGGAGCAGAUGUCGGUGUAUUCUCUCCGACAACAACUUCACCCUCAAGUUGUUCAACAUCUUGUGGCAAAACGUUGGGUAUCAGCGUUACAUCUCCAACACCGACUGUGAAUGAUUUUGGUUUGAUGUUGAAUAUUCCUCUUUCUGCUGCUGCUCCGGCUCCUGCUACUGUUUCAGUUCCUGCUGUCAGCGUUCCAACGACCGUGUUCAAGUGCAAUCUCUGUGAAUAUUUUGUGCAAUCGAAAAGCGAAAUGGAAACUCAUAUCGAAACGGAACAUCCUUGCGCUGAUCCCAGUGAGGACUUUAUAAGUAUACCAACUAAUACGGCGGCGCUGCAGGCUUUCCAAACUGCGGUGGCGGCAGCAGCCAUAGCAGCGGUACGCCAGCAAAGAGUUAGUGCCAUCGAAGCAGUAACGGAGAUUAAGCGGGAGGAAGAUGAUGAAGAGGAUGUAGAGGAAGUUAGCAAGUCAAUAGAAGUAACUGAGAAAAAGAGUCAAGCAGGCAUACAGUGUCCCUUGUGCUUGGAGAAUCAUUUCCGCGAGAAGACCAGCUUAGAGAUGCAUUUAACCAGCGUACACAAUGUCGCCAGAGAUGGUCUGUCCCGACUUUUAAUGCUAAUUGAUCCGAAAGCUUGGGAAGAAAGUAAAAGUAGCAUUUCUUCUACAGAAGAAGCAAUGGCAACGCCCGAAGAAUGCUCUUCCUCUUCUAGUUCGGCAGCUGCCACCACCAAUGUAUUGGGGAUUAAUGUACUUGGCUGCCAAAAAUGCGAGGCCAGCUUUAAACAUGACGAGCAACUGCUUCAGCAUGCUCAGCAAACGCAACACUUUCCCAUUCAAAAUGGUGAAUUUUUGUGUCUGGGAGUGACUCACAUAAGUCGUCCUUGCUACCUGAGAUUUCGAACCCUUCCGAUUAUGAUAAACCACUACCAGGACACUCACAUGAGUUCCGUGAUCUCGGAACGUCAUGUCUACAAAUAUCGUUGCAAGCAGUGCUCGUUGGCAUUUAAAACCCAAGAGAAGUUGACAACUCACAUGCUAUAUCACACGAUGAGAGACGCAACGAAGUGCUCCCAUUGCCAGCGAAAUUUUCGGAGUACGCAGGCGCUGCAAAAGCAUAUGGAUCAGGUGCACGCAGGCGGAGAGGGAGUCAGGGCGAACAGUAGUCCACAGGCGCAGUCGCAGGCCACACCUACCACCGAGCUGCCUGCCCAAGAGGCUUUUGCGGUUAAAGGAGAGGUUGCAGCUGUUAAUGAUCCCAUGUCGUCACCGUCACGAUUUGAAAACCAACAGUUACUAGCCAAGGAAACUAGCAGCAGCCGGCAGAGUCCCAUACCUUCCAUAUCUGAUACUCAGUCUCAACAGCAAUAUCUCGCUACUUUGACGAAUUUGUUGAAGCAGCAGCAAUGUAACUCAGAGGUUUUGGCCAUGCAGCCAGAGGCUUUGCUUCCCACAGGAGAAUUUUCCCAGCACCUACAGAAUCUACAGACUAUCCAACAACAGCAGCAGCAAUUUGGAACUGCAAUCAAUCCCGUGGAUAUGCUCAACCUAAUGCAGUUUCACCAUUUAAUGUCUCUGAACUUUAUGAACUUAGCACCGCCAUUGGUGUUCGGUGGAGGCGGAGGAGGAGGCAGUGUAGUAGCAGGAGCAACCCACCAAAAUAACACCAAUCUGAACUCCUGUUCUUCCUCAGCUGCAGAUAUUCAGCAUACAGGUAGUGGCGAUUCUGGUAAAGCAACUGCUGUAGUCUCUGCUCUCACACAGCAUAAUGUCGCAAACUCAAGCACUCAGCUGACUGCUAGUAACCAAAAGCGUGCUCGUACGCGCAUCACUGAUGACCAAUUAAAAAUAUUGCGUGCCCACUUUGAUAUUAAUAAUUCGCCCAGCGAGGAGAGCAUUAUGGAAAUGUCACAGAAAGCCAAUUUACCAAUGAAAGUCGUUAAGCACUGGUUUCGCAACACCUUAUUCAAGGAAAGGCAACGCAAUAAGGACUCGCCGUAUAACUUUAAUAAUCCGCCAUCAACUACCCUCAAUUUGGAGGAGUAUGAACGUACAGGUCAGGCUAAGGUUACCCCUUUGAAUGAUACGGGAAGCGGUGGGGGUAGCGUUGCUAUAGCCAUAAGCACACCGACGACAACAGCAAUAUCUUCCUCCAAUGUCGCUCCCUUCAACUCCUCCAAAGAAGCUUUAACAAAUGCCACAAGAACAGCAUCCGUUUCUAUGCCCAUUCCCAUACCUGCAUCUGUAUCUCGACCAGAGUCAACAAAUUCUAGUGGCAACAUCUCCGAUUAUUUAAGCCAAAAUCUUUGGGUAAAAGAGCCUGGAAAAGAUCAAAAUCAUUUACCUCAAUUUCCAACGGAAAUGCACAUCAAAUCGGAGCCCCAGGAAAUAGAUAAUAAUGAUUUGGUAUAUCAAAAACAAAACCAACACAUAAACUUCGUAAAGCUUCAACAGCAAGAACAGCCGAUGAAAAAUAUAGAAACCGAUACAUUAAUCGAUCAGACAUUACAUACCAUUAACUUUCCUCAACAACAAACUCACUUGACGAAUAAUUUUGAAACUAAAUCGGAAAGUGGAAGCUCUGAUGUUAUGUCGCGACCUCCAACACCAAAUCCUACUGGAGGAAACAAUCUGUAUGGCAACAUGAACGAUUUAAUAAAUCAACAAUUAAUGGAAACUAUGGGUCCACCCAUAAAAAAGCUUCAAAUUAGUGGAAAAAAUAUGGAAAAAAGUUCAACAACGACAAGUUCAUCUACAAGUUCAACAAUUAAUCAAUCUUGCAGCCAGUUCGAAAGCAACAACUCCUCCAACUCAUCCAGCUCUUCCUCAACAUCAGGCGGAAAGCGAGCCAAUCGUACGCGCUUCACCGAUUAUCAAAUUAAAGUCUUGCAAGAAUUUUUCGAAAACAAUUCUUAUCCCAAAGACAGUGACUUGGAAUACUUAAGUAAGCUGUUACUGCUCUCGCCUCGAGUUAUUGUAGUUUGGUUUCAAAAUGCCCGGCAAAAGCAACGCAAAAUCUAUGAGAAUCAACCGAAUAAUACCCUUUUUGAAAAUGAGGAAACGAAAAAACAAAAUAUUAACUAUGCCUGCAAAAAGUGUAGCUUGGUAUUCCAACGUUACUAUGAACUAAUAAGACAUCAGAAAAAUCAUUGCUUUAAAGAGGAGAAUAAUAAAAAAUCUGCCAAGGCACAGAUUGCCGCGGCGCAAAUUGCCCAAAAUUUAAGUUCGGAAGAUUCAAUGGAUUCCUCAAUGGAUGUGCAUAAUCAAAAUAUGACAGCACAACUGGCGCCAAUGCCCUCGCAGCAUCAUAACCUUUUUACCAAGUCCUCAUCAUCUUUACAUGACUUUAGCCCAUCAACCACCCCAACGCCACCGCAACAGCCGAUACGUGAGCGUAGCAACAGUUUGGAUCAUCCGCAAUCACAGCAGCGACAUGCCAAAAGCUACGAUUGCGAUAAAUGUGAACUGCAAUUCAACCACUUGGAGAAAUUGCGUGAACACCAACUCAUGCAUCUUAUGAAUCCCACUAAAUCCAAUUUGGAUCCCAAUUUUGGUCCUUUUGGCAGUAUUUUGCAAAGUCUACAGCAAGCGGCAUCACAAACGCAGUCACAACUUCAGUUGCAACCUGAAUUGCAGUCUGAAUCGCACAGCCAGAUACGCCCUGCAAAAAAGCGAAAAAUAUCCAAUGAUAGCUGCUCUUCCCAGGCAGAAGAUGAUCAUACAACAGCUCUCGAAAAAAAAUAUGAUUUCCUUCACAAAUAUUUUAUGCAAAAUGAGACAAACGGCGAACUGAAACAACAAUUUCUGAUGCAGCAACAGCAUAAUAAACAAUCUAAUGAGCAUUCAGAUUUUGAACUGGAAUUCCUAACCAACUUUUAUCAACAAAACGAAUUGAAGAAAGUCAGUAACUAUGAAUUUUUAUUGCAAUACUAUCGCAAUCAAGAGGAUAAAUCAUCAACAAACUUAAGUUCUACGCAAAAUCCAACAAUUGAGUUCCUAUUGCAAUAUUAUCAACUGAAUGAAUCAAAAAAGUUUUUUCAGUUAGUUGCCUCGCCACAAAGAGUACCUGAUGAUGGACCAGGAGGCAAUUUUCAGCCAUUAACAGGGACACUAGAGGAUGAUAAAGUCAUAAAAGAAGUUCAUAAAGAGGCGCCAAUGGCACAACAUGACGAAAUUAUCUUAGAUAAAAAGAAUUUGGAAAAUGAUUUGGAAAAAGACUGGGAAGAUGAGGAAAAACACAACAAUAAUAACGAUGCAGGUGAAAAGGACUCGUUGGAAUCUGGGUCUAGAUCCAGAUCACUGCAGACUCUCCAAAACGAUGACAAAGAUAAAUCGCAAUACUUGCACAACUUGGAAGACUUUCUCGAUGCGACAAUGAUUGAAAAUAAUUCACAAACUUUAACUUUUAACGAUGAUAAUGAGAAUAAUGCCAGUCAGAAGGAUGAACCAAUGCUCAAAACUAAUGAAAUAGAAAAAAUAUCAUCGGUAUCUCCCGUUAAUGUUUCAUCAUCGAAGCAAAAUAAACGCUUGCGCACAACCAUACUUCCGGAGCAAUUGAACUUUUUAUAUGAAUGCUACCAAUCGGAAUCGAACCCAAGUCGCAAAAUGCUGGAAGAAAUAUCGAAGAAGGUUAAUUUAAAAAAGCGAGUUGUGCAAGUUUGGUUUCAAAACUCUCGAGCAAAGGAUAAAAAAUCCCGUAAUCAACGGCACUACGCCCAUAUUUCGGAUGAAAACAGCUAUGAUGAUGGUGGUUCCAGUAGCAAAGACAACGUUGGUCAAGAUAAUAAUGAGAUAACAAAUAUUCUUCAAGAUUGCCAGCUCUGCCAAGUAACCCAAGUAAAUCUCCAGAAGCAUGCUUUCAGCGUUGAGCACAUUGACAAGAUGAAAAAAUUCUUGGAACAAACCACAAGCGAGCUUUAUGGCAGCGAUGACAGUGACUCUGAUAGAGAAAAACAUUUCUAUAACCUAUCAAAGGCAUUUCUCCUUCAACACGUUGUCUCAAGUGCUGCCAAGAGCAAUAAUGCAACAAGUAAUAUCGGAAAUUCUGGACAGGAUUCACAGCCGGAAGAGGAUAACUGCUUGCUUAACUAUGAUGCUAAGGGUGAUGAUGCCAACAUUCCGGAUGUUCGAGUCACCGAAGCCAGUAAUCAGGAUCUAAUGCAGAAGCUAUUCAAUCGAAACCAUAUCACCGGUAAGCGAGUUUCGACUGAGCUUGUAAAAAUUCCUUAUUUUAAGAUUAUCUGUUGAUCAGAUUACAUAGCUUAGUACUUUCCUUUAUUAUUUAACUAUUAUUGAAAAAACGUAAUUUCUCUGGAAUAUCUCAAAUAAAUCAUCUCCAUUAACGGUAACAGUAAGUAACAGAAAGUAUUCGCACCAGAAAUCGGUCGAUAGAUGUAUUUUGAUUUCUCAAAGUCAUUUUCGUGGUAGAAUUUUAACAAUUACCAAGAACAUAAUUUUAAUGCCUCGCAAGAAAAAUAAAACUAUUUUAACAAAACAAUAAUAUAUAGAAUAUUAGGUGCUUUUAAAAAUUAUUUGCGUAGAAAAGAGGCACAUAACACUCAAAGUGUUGGAAAACUAUAAACAAAGUCAGACGUACGUGGUACUCCUUGGGCUUUACCGUUUUCUGUCUUGCCUUUUUUCUGUCUCAAAGUAUGCAAAUGUCUUUAAGAGGCAAUGCAUUCAAAUCGGGUUCAUAAAAUAUUUAAAAAUACCCAUUGAUGAAGAUCAAUAAAAAAUACCAAUUGAUUUUUGAUAUGAAACGAUUGAAAACACCAAUAACAUUUUUGGUAUAAAACCGAUAAACAAAAUGUAAAGAAAAGCACGACUUUUUGGUGCUAAGCUUGUUUAUUCCUGAUAUUCCUAACACAUAAAAUAUUUGUA